GUGCACCAAUGAAGUCCUGUUGGCAAUGAUUAUUUGUUCAUUGUUUUACUAAUAAUAAUAUUCUUUUACUGGAUGCCAAUUUUUUGGCGUAAUUCUAUAAUAUAUCUUCAUGAACUCCAAUACAUUGACACCAACGGGGAAUCAUUCCUUUACAUCUAUUAAUUUUACAACAACAAUAAACUGUACUGCUAUUCAUACAACGACUAUAACAACAACGAAAACAAAUGUCACUAAUAUUCCUACAGCCAUUACCAAUACUUCUUCGUCUACCACCACUACUACUAGUAUUAAUAAUAAUAAUAAUAAUGCAACAACGAAUACAAUUUUGAGCAAACUAACUGAUCGUGCCACUUAUUUUGCUGUUGUUUCUGAUACUUGUGCAUUCAAUCGUAAUUUAUGCAAAACUCGUUAUUCUCGAUUACCAUUUUUGGAUUUAGCAACUCAUAUUUCUCAACGACCAGCUCCAUGGUUAUAUCAUACAAACAGGGAAUAUUUAAGAGAAUCACCAUCCAAAGAUCCCCAUGUUUACUUACGUUUUCCUCGUUAUCGUUGGCAUUUGGACUACCAGUCACCCCAUAAGAAGCGUAAGACAGCUAAUCAAAAACUUUGGUGUACGUUACAGAAUGGAUUGAAAGCUCUUGGAGUCUCGUCUGACUUAGUUCCUGUUGUUACAAGAAAAGCUUAUGCUAUAGCUGGUCUCUCAAUACCAUCAAGUUUAGCUAACUACUUGGAUGUUCUAAAUCCUCGAGUGUCUGUCAGUCAUACAACAGGAAAUAAUGCUAAUAAUAAUAAUAGUAACUUAGUUAUUUCUACCGGUACAACUAACCGAUUACAGCACUCAGGUUUUGUUGGAACAAACAAUUCCAACGUUCACUCGAAUUCGUUCCAACGAAAAAUACUUUAUGACGAUCAUGGUGAUUAUUCUCAUGAUCCAAUGAUCAACUCAGCAAUAAUAACAUCCAUGUUACACGAUGAUGAAGAACAUGAUUAUAUUGUUAGUGAUCGAAGUCAGGAUAGUGUAUGCUUUUGAAUGGUCGAAUUGGAGGAUCGGCGUCGAAUACUCCAGGCUUUUUUGGUGGCAUCACUGGUGAUGAUAGUACACAAUCGUUUGAUGGAAUGUUGACAAUGACUAAACGUACAAACAAAAAUAAUAGGACAACUUCUGAUAAUGUCAAUAUAUCCGAUCGUAGAGAUUUACAAGAUGAUUGUCAGGAUACACAGCAUAGCAAUAAUAAUCAUAUAAUGUCAAAUAAAUCAGAUUAUACUAAAACCUAUGAUUUAGAUAAUGUAUCUGAAGAUGAUGAUAAUCAAAACCGGGACUAUGACGUAGAGGAUUAUGAUGGCGAGUUGGGAGAAGACAUGGAUGGUGAUGACGUUGGCGGUGAUGCAGAUUGGUUUGCUGGACGACGACGCGGGACGGGAGCAGGUGGGAAUUUAGGUAAUAACGGUUCUGGUGGAGGUAAUGAUGGUCUCGUUAUGAGUGGCGACGGAAGAAGAGGCAAAACACGAUCUGUAUAUUCAUUGAAAGUGACAAAAUAUAAUCGAAAAAUCGUCAAUCAGAAAGUUAAUCGUUCGUCCCAAAAUUUUCCUGCACUCAGUAGUCGCUUAGGAGGUAGAAGAUUUACGAAACGUCACCUUGGCCGUCCAUUUUCAGGUCGACUUCAAGCAAACGAUUCACGUAUGGAUGAUCUAUCUUAUACCUAUGCUAAAUCUAGUCCUUCUGUUGGACGUCGUGGUAGUCGGGCUAUUUCUCGUCUUGGUACUAGACAUAUGAGUGAUAGUUGGAAAGGGCUUCAACGUUAUGGAAUUGUUAGAGACAAGCUAAACGAAUGCAACGAUUCUUGGGAUGUCGAUAAUGAACCCGGUUUCCAGUUGAACGCUACUCCUAUUACACCUACAAUGAAUGAGAAACACGAAGGGAAAUUACUCGGAAAUCGUAAUACAUUAAACGAUCGGUUGAAUACGUCGAAUUUAUUUUCAUCAUCGUCUCAUCCGUCGACGUCAUCAAACUCUUUAUAUCUUCAUUCUUCGUUAGUAAACAAUGAUAGAUCUUUGUCAGCUAUAUAUGAGUCAUCCAUACAAAAUCAAUUCAGCUCUGACCGUAGUUCACCUUUAUUAUCUCAGUCGAAAUUUGUUCGUUCGUCAGCUACACCAGCGAAUUGGUCUCAUUUAAUGAAUGUAAAUCAGUCAAAUGUUGGGACACAAUCAUCAACUACAGUCAAUAUGUCCAUUUCAUCAAUGUCAUCUUCAUGUAUAGUUUCAUCAUCAUCUUCAAUGGAUUCGUGUCGAAUAUCAGAACAGCCCAACAACUUAUCGUUACCUCGUCGCUACGAUUCAAAUGAUUAUGUUAUGCAUAUAGAGGAGUUGUCGAAAAAUCAUGAAAGUAGUCCACAAAUGUUUUCAUCUGGUCGUCGUCCUAAUACAUCUAGACUGUCGAACUGUAGUGAUACAAUGAAUCGUUAUAAUCCUCUGUCAGUACCUUCAGUUAGUUUUCAUAACACUCCAUCAAUAAAUAGUACAGUUGGUUCAAUGGUCAACCCAGUUUUCAGUAAUAUCGAUCAGCCAAAUAAUAAUACUAAUAAUAGUCCCAUAAAUACAUCCAAUGUUAGUGAUAUAAUGCGAAUAGUCGAUAUUUCUAAUACCGAUAAAUCCAACAAUGGACGAGUGGUUGGUGAUUUGCAAACAUUUGUUAACCCUCAAACAGCUACUACGACUGUAACUUUCUUUGUAUGUGAAGUAUGCUCGUCACGCUAUCGAUCUACUGCAGGACUUCGUUAUCAUUACCAUAGUCAACAUUCAGGUUAUACACCACAAAAUCCUAUAUCUGCUUCAGCAUCAAGACUUGUUGUACCGGUUGGUGAAGAAAGAGGUAUUGGUGGAGGACUUCGUGGCGGACGACCUAGAAGACAUCGAGGUUCGACUGCUUCGUCGAAAUCACGUGAUAAACUAGUGAACUCCCACUAUCCUAACGAAUAUCAAAUCUCUUCUGAACAAGAUGACAGAUCCAACAGUAUCUUAUCGUCACAAUACUCUAAAAUUACAAAUCCUUAUUCACCAUCAUCUCAAAAUAACAAACGCGGACAUAAUAAUAUAAAUCGUAUAGAUUGUAAAACAAUCGACUCUAGAUCAAUUGUAGAGCCAAAGUUAAUCGAUCUAAUUGCAGGUCAAACGGUUCCAUUGAAAUAUCAAGAGAAAGUUCACGUUAAUCAUUUCAAUUCCAUAGAAUCCGAUAAUGAUAAUAGCGAAUUAUUGAUGAAUAAUAAUAAUAAUAAGGAUAAUAAUAAUAAUAGUUUACUAACCUCUGUGGAAAUGAAAAAGUUGCCUUUUAUGGAUAAUCAUACUAGUGGCUCAGAACGUUUAUCACAGUGUUCUAUGCCUUCAUCAUGUUCACCAGCAAUAACACCUGGUAAAUUUGUAGAUUCUACAGAUUCAGUAGUUGUCGUCAGUGAUUCAUCAUCAUCGUCAAGAUUUCAAAUGACUGAUUACACUAACUAUAACAAUACUACUAUCAAUAGUAGUAAUAAUUUACCCCAUACAAAUAUUCAUUCUGUACAACGCCACAACACUUUACAAUCAUCAUCAUUCAAUUCUCCAAUUUCACAUCUGGGAAAUAGCGUGAUUGGUAAUAAAAUCCAUUCACAUAUUCCCUAUUCUCAUCCUCAUCAUCACCAUCCUUAUUUGUCAUCACAACAGCUACAAUCAUCUCCACAAAACAAUUGGAAUUCUCCGAAUACAAUAUUUAAUCAAAUGCCCUAUGGUUCCUCAAGUGUUCCCAGUAGUCAUACUUCUUUUCCUCGGCUGCCACCACCACAACAGUCCCCAGCGACAAUGAAUCAUGUAGGCCCACAGCAACGACGUUAUGAAAGACAACACUGUCCAGAUCGACUUGGUCUUACAUGUCCAUCUAUUAAUUCGUCCACAUCUUCACGAUUAUUGUCGACGUCAACAGCAUCCAUGCCUAUAUGUGAUUACUGUCUAGGUGAUGAUAAUAUGAAUCCGCGAAUUGGUCAUCCAGAAGGUAUGUUACAAUGUUCUCGAUGUGGGCAUAGUGCACAUUAUACAUGCCUACGUCUACCCCCGCAUAUAAUUGAUGCUGCAAUGCGCUAUCCAUGGCAGUGUAUUGAGUGUAAAACAUGUUGGUUAUGUGAUCAAGAUGAUCAUGAGGAUCGAAUGAUUUUUUGUUGGGAUUGUGAUCGUGUAUUUCAUGCACUUUGUAUCCCAACUCGAUUACCUCGUACCCUUGAUGCCCAUUGGACCUGUGAUAUUUGUUUGCAUGAAAUAUAUAAUAAUAAUAAUAACAAUAAUAGAUCUAUAUUUGAUCAACGUACACAUACUAAUUCUGGUUAUGAAGUUUAUGCAAAUAAUACUUGUAAUACUAAUAUUAGCAGUAAUAAUACUAAUACUACUACUACUGAUAAUAAUAAUAGUAAUAAUGACAGGAAUAGUAACAAUAAUGAUAAUAAUAGUUUUAAUCAAAUGAUGAAUACUGGCAAUGGUUAUUUUACUCAUAAUGUACAGCAUCAUACACAAAAUACUGCACGUUCAUAAUGAUUCAUAUAUUCACUUUUAAAUGUUAAUAUUGUCCUGUACAAUUGCUCAUUUUUAAUUUUAAUGAAUUAGAAAAAGAAAGAAAAGAGAAUACAUAAAUAAUGAUUUUUAGUUUUGUUCUUUUUUCUCUUCUUUUUUUUUUAAAAAAAUGUUUUUUAUUUAUUUUAACUUUGUUUAUUGUUUUAUUCUUUGUUGUGCUCCUUUUCUCUCUUUUCUUUUUGUUUUCUCCCUCCCUCCCUUCAUCUCAUUAUCAUUGAUCAAUAUUGACUGUUAUUCAUAUUGUGUAUAUCAGCUUUAAUGUUUUUUACAGUGAUAUAUAUAUCUAUAUCUAUGUAAAUGUAUAUUGAACAAGUGUGAAAUUCUGUUUAUCUAUGCAUUUCAUACAUGUGCAUUAUUGUAAUUUGUUUAUCAAUAUGGUUUAUAAGAAGAGAAAAAUCAAGCGUUUCAUUUACUUAGUUACAAUAGGCUCUACUUGAAAUUAUAUAUAUAUAUAUAUGUUAGAGUAUGUAAUAUGUACGUAUGUUUAAUAACAUUGUGAUUAUUUGUUUUAUUUCUUUUCUUUCCGUUGAUUAUUUCUUGUGUUGUUAACUUUAAACAACAAGAAAAAAGUUUGUAACCAAAAUGUUGGCAUCAUAAACUGAAUAGUUUUUCGUGACUUAUUUAUUAGUUGAAUGAAAUUUGGUCAUUCUUGUCUCUCUCUCUCUCACACACACACAUCUUCUUUUAUUGUUAUUAUUAUUAUUGUUUAGGUGUCAAAUUUGUUGUUUGUGCUCAAUUCUAAUGAUAAUAUUAAUGACUGUUAAUUAUUAUUUAUUUAUUGUGGAUCAGUCAAUCUAUCACACUCCUCCUUAAUAAGUAACUUUUUUUUUGUAGUGCAAUCUAUUGUUAGGCAAAUAUUUAGGGAUAGGGAUACUUAAAUUAAGUUAUACAAUGAAUCCUAAUGACUAAUUACAUGCACAUCAAUUCUGUGUAAUAAUUAGUUACUUUUUUUGUUUCUUCUUCUUUUCUGUUCUGUUCUCGAUGUUGCUUUUGAUGUUGUCUGUCACAGUUAGUUCAAUUAAUUUAAUCAUUAUAUUCUGAUAACUUAUUUUUCUUCAGUGUAUUUUCUUUUCUCUUUUUUUUUUUCAUUUUUUAUUUAUGUAUUGUUAUUAUUAAUUUGCAUUACAACUUAAACGAUUCAUUUUAAUCUUGUUUUCGUCUCUACUCCUCCCCUAUGAAAUAUUUAGUGAUAUUUUGUUGACAUGAACUUUUGCAAUUUGUGUGUAAAUGUUAUACUAUUGUGGUGUCAGGCGCCGGUUGUUAUAUUUCAAAAGCUAUAAAAGCCUAUAUACACAAAGCAGUUGAAUUGAUACACAUUACAUAAAUAUAUACAUAUUCCACAUAAUAUGCAUAAAAAUCAAUGAAUGGAUCUUCAUUUCGUUUCAUAUUAUUAUUACUUCUAUGAUUAUCUUUUUAUCAUAUUCACUUUGAAAGAAAGCACAACAGAAAUAUAAUGUUUCUUUUGUUUCCCAAACUCUACUUUGAUUUGCAAUAAAGAAUUAUUUGUUUUUUCUAGGUGCUUUUUUUUGUUGAGAGAUGUCCUAAUUUAAAGUGUUCUGAUGUUUUCGAGUUAGUGAGUAUUUUUGUUUGAACAGUGGUUACAUGGGUUAUGUGACAUGGAAUUAUUCAGUGAUAUUUUUUUAAAAUCGUCAACAAGGUGUAUUGUCUCUAGUCGUGGAUGGCUUAUUCGUACAAAAACCCAACAUUUCAAUGUUUAAAUAUAGGGCUAUUGAAGGUGAUCGGCAAAAGAGCAAUAACGUUCACAAGUUUACAUAUACUUUUUUCUGACGAGUGUGAUCCUAGGUUCAGGGUCUUCAACGUCUAACCACCCAGCACCAAAAUAUAAUGCACACAAUGCCGAUGUAGUUUGUUACCACAUUGUAAAUCGAACGGUAAUCCCUUGGUAUCUUUAUACAGGAUAAUACUCGUAAUUGUUGUCCAAUUGGAUUUGUUCAAAUCAUACUAUCACAUUUUAACUGACUGAACUUACAUGUAAGAUCUGAUCAGACCUUCAAGUAGCUUGGUCUCGGCUUAUUCAUUUGGUGUUAUCCGUCAAUUAAGACAUUGCCUUUCACUGUUUAAAUGAAUCUCUUUCUGCAGUGUAUGUUUACUAUAGUUAACUGGUGUUAAGCCUGUAUGUCAAAUGUUAACUUCACCAAACAGUGAUGAAUUGACAAAAAUUGUGUUUCAAAAUGACUUUCAAUUACGGUUAUUUUUAUCAAAUGUUUUGCUUGUGUCAUGCUGCUGAAGUAAUAACGAAAUGUAUUGCGCAAAUAUAUAAUUCUG